GGCCCCUGGCCACGCUGAAGGAGGCUUACCUGGAGGUCACGCUGCGGCCCCUGGACGAGGUGUGGCAGGAGAGGGCCGAGUCCGCCAUGCGGUGGUUGCGGGCCCUGGGGCCCAGGCCCAUCGGAGCCGCCUUGGAGCUGGCCAUACGCCAGAUGCUGUCUUGGGCCGAAGCCACUUUGUCACAGGCUCUGAGGAGGCUCUGCAAGCCUUUGCUGGAUGUGUACAGCUUCUCGGCCAGGGGACGAGCCCCUGGCUGUGGCCCGGGUGACCGGCUACCUGGUGGAGAAGCUGGUGCUGCCCUUCCGCGAGCUGUACGGGACCAACGUGCUGGCCGCGUACUACCGGCUCAAACACCGCCUGCUGCAGAGCCCCCAUGAGUACCAUGCUGUGGUGGCCGGGGCCAGGCACGUGGUGACCUUCGAUGGCCAGGUAUGGAGCCUGGGUGUCCACUGUGGGAGCCUGCUGCUGGCCAAGGACUUUGCUCACAACACGUUCUCGUUGACGCUGAACCGGGCCGGUUCAGGGCUCAUGUCCGUGUCAGUGCAGCUGAACCACACUUCCCUGGUGUUCUACCCCGGCCUGAAGACCUACAGGCUGUACGAGUCCUCCGAGCCCAGGCAGAGCUGUCUGCACCGAGAUCUGCCCCCUCCUGAGACGAGGAGGGAUGUGCCCAGAGUCAAGCUGGCCAGUGAGAACGGCGUCUCUAUCACCUGUGACGUUCGGGCCGGCCUCUGCAGCGUCACUCUGGGCCUCUGGCUCCACGGUGGGUCUGGGCCCCAGCUGGGGGCCUCCGGGUCCGUGGGGUCGGCUGUGCGACUACCACAGCAGGUGUCCAAGGCCAAUGCGGCCAAUCCCUGGCCAGGGGUGCACUCGCUGUCCUUGAGAGGCUGGGGGCCAGGUUCCCCAGGAGCCCCUCCCGCUGCUGCUUCCUGGGGGGCUCCCAACCUGAGCAGGCACGAGAGGAGCCGUUGCCGUGGCUUGGCACAUGAGGGCUUCCCUCCCUCCGUUUCCUUUCUCCUCUCCCUCUGGGGAAGGGUCGGAGCCAGGGUGGGGCGUGGGAGUCGGGUGGAGGGUCCGGCCCCCCCGGGAACCCUGGCCAGGCUCGCCCACGUCCCCCUUUCCCAUAGGCGUGUCUGCCGGCCUCCUGGGCACCAACGACAACGAGGCCGCCAACGAGCUGAUGCUGCCGGACGGCACCCUGGCCCACAGCCUGGAGGAGCUCGGCCUCGCCUGGCAGGGCCAUGGAGAAAACUCACGAGUGCCCCCGACAGAGCCCCACCUGCCGGGCCUUCUUCCAGGACCCCCGUUCCUGCCUGGGGAACUGCUUCAGUGUGGUGGACCCCACCCCCUUUCUCAGCCUGUGCUCCCAGGACACCUGUGGCACCCAGGAGCUCUUUCCUGCCUGCAACCUGGCUGCCGCCUACAUCCACCUGUGUGCCCGCGGCUUCGUGCCCCUGGACCCUCCUCCACGGUGUGUUGGAGAGUUUGCCUAAGCCAACACUAGGCUGCCAAAGAUUUCACACCCGUCACCCCCUCAGCUCGGCCAAGAUUCUUGGCUGAACAGAACCAUCACAACGAAAUGCCAGGAGGCACAGAGAUCACACUGGGUCCAGAUACAGCCAAGGGGGGGAUCAUCGUCCAUGAUUUCAGAAUCCUUCCAUGGACAAUAAAGUUCACAAUUGGUCUGGA